AUGGACAACUCCAACAGCAUGAGCUACCAAGCUGGCCAGGCCAAGGGCCAAACUCAGGAAAAGGGCAACCAGAUGAUGGAGAAGGCUAGCAACGCUGCACAAUCAGCUAAAGAAUCAAUUCAACAGGUAGGGCAGCAGGCGCAGGCCACGGCACAAGGUGCAGUCGAUGCUGUGAAGAAUGCAACUGGAAUGAACAAAUGA